UCCAGAACAAGAUAAAUUUUAAACCUUAGGAAGACAGAAAUUGAUAUAGUAGUAUAAGACUAUCCUGGAAUUAUGACAACACUGGAGAUAUUAGAAGAAUUACAAUCAAAGUAUUUCAUUCAUCCUGAAACUUUUGACUUUUUCAAAAAACGUACAGAACAUGGAUUCACCAAGGCUUAUUUUGAUGUACCAAUAUCAGAGGCUAGGGAAUCAAAUUUGAGGUCAGCUAAAUUAUUUUCGGGUAGUGUUGAUUUUGACGGUACAACAAGGGAAUUAAACAUUCCAUCUAAAGAUAUUAAAGAUGGUAUACCAGUGACUGUCUACAAGCCAGCUACCUGUAGAAAUGACCCAUCUAUAUUUGUGUAUUUCCAUGGAGGAGGCAAUUGUGUUGGAUCCAGAGCUGGUGUGGAUACAGUCUGUAAAAUCUUGUCAAGAGAUUCUGGUUGUAUUGUUGUCAAUGUAGAGUAUAGACUGGCACCAGAAUUCAAAUUUCCAAGUAACCAUGAGGAUGUUCUGUGUGUUGUUCGAUGGGUUAAAGGUCAUAAGGAGGAAUUAGGUAUUUUUUGUAACUGUGACAAUUGGGAAUUACAUAAGGUUAGAUAUAGGGUUUAAUGCUCAA